AUGGAGGUCAGCAAGAUGCCACGAUACACUGGACCGGUCAGUUUUUCGCCUUUAUCCAGUCUGAUUUUGCUGUUGCAGGUUUCUGCGGCCAACUUUCCCCACCUGACCAUAAUUUUGUGUGCGGCAGGUCUGCUUUUCGCCGCUUGGUUCAUGGUUCUCGAGGUUUUCCUUCAUAUGCUGGGACUUUCUCAAUUGUCAUUCUAGGUUACGUCGAACAAGUACAACCGGAGCAUUCUCAAAGAACUGACGAUCGCCUCUUUGGCGGCUCUUUUCUUAGGGUUCGGCACCACUUUCCUGCUUCUCUGGGUUGGUAUAUACGUCUAAUUCAUUAGCUUUACUAACUUAUAUAUUUUUUUUAUCGAUUGUUGAUGAUUGUUUUUAUUGGAUAAUAAUUUUUUCGCGGGGUUUGAUUCACUGUGAUAAUAAAGGCUUUUGAAAUAUUAGGCUUGUUUCUUGAAGAAAAAAAAAUUUUUUUCACGGUCGUCAGUACCACUGAAGUCCUAGAUCAUGAUUUAACAGUGUUUUAGCUGGGAUAGAUUUUCAAAACUGUUCUUUAAUUCUGAAAAUGUCUCCGAAGGGCUUGUUUUUGUUUUAAAAAAUUGAAGCUGUUUGGAUUAAUGUUACGUCAUUUUUCUAUCCUUGGGCUUCAAACAUUGUACGGUAAUAAAAUAUGACUGAACGAAAACAUUUUUCGAACCGAGUGGCCAAUGUUCAGCGCCAAAACAGAAAACGCCGCAACAAUUUAUGACCGGUGAAGAGCUGUCCAGCGGCGAAGGGAUUGGUACUUUUGUGGCGGCGCCUUUCGGUGUGUUUACGGACAGAUAAAUCUGGAGGAUUCCUGCGAAACACAUGAAGGCGUGACGGAUGGCGGACGGCGGUGUCGUGCUCUUUGAUGCUCCUGAAGGCCCGCCCUCAGGCUCCAGCCACGUCUUCUCCGAUACUUCUUGGAUGCGUACGCCCAUCACGCGGCGAUUUGUCCUCCCGAACACGAUAGGUACUUAAGCUGGCCCAAGAACCCUUCAUAACUUUUUCUUUUGCUCAUGCCGCUCUUCAAUUUUCUUCCGGUUUUUGAACAUCACUAACUUCUUUUUCCUGUGAAGGACAUUGCUCCCUUGUAGGCAACUUAAACUCGUAAGCGAUCAGAGCUCCGGUCGGCCUUUAUCUAACACUACUGUGCUGAAUUUUUUUCCGCGCUUUUCUUGAUUUUUCUCUGUGACAGCUGUAGAAAAAAGGCGCCUGCAGGAAACAAGAUUGAAAAUGCUUCCUAGAAAAAUUUGAUUUUCGCCGAACUUUGACGGGGAAUUUAUUUAUUUUUUAGGACAUCAGCACGUGAACUUUUACGCAAAACAAAAGCAGAAAAAAAAUGGUUGAAUCAAGAAAAUUCUUUGAAAUUUUUCGUAACACCGUAAAUUUUACAGAAAAAUCCUAGAGUUUUUUUCUACUUGAAAGUUGCGUAAGACAUAUCAAAAACUUUUUCUAGUGUUGAGGUCAAUAUUUUUUUGAAUUUCGAAUAAUGAAAAAGAAAGUACAAUAAAAAAAUAGGCUGACGAAAGGGCAAUUUAUUCACUCAUUUUCGGAUGAUCCAUUACAGAAAAGGGCGUGGCUUCACAGAUAUGCCUUAAAUCAGUUUUUUUUAAAGCAUCCAUUUCAAAGAAAAAGACAACCGUAUUCAGGAAAAAAUGUAGUUUCCAAUUUCUUUUAAAUCGGAAAAGGUUUUGCCUUCAUAAAACUGCAAUCCAGUCAUUUUUCUGUAAUGCUCAUCGGAAGGCUACACGAUCUUUCGGCUUUUCGCCGUUGAGUCAGCCGAAUCCGGAAAAAUUCAAUUACCUUCGCCCAUGUUGUGCUAUCUCAGCCGCCAUUUAUAGAGCAUCUUGGCAAGUUUUUCUCGCCUUCAAAUGACACAAACAAACAAAUUUCCAUCUGUUUGCUCCUUGUGUUACCCAUCUGAAGAAUUGAAUCAUGAAGCCAAAAUAUUUAUUCGAGUCCGAAAAUUCUCCAAGAACGCCUGAAUUAUUACCUUGUUUAUCCAUGAAAGCCGAUAAAUUUAAUUUCUUCUCUUUAUAUUGAAGAGUGCCUAGAAGAUGGAAUAGUCAGGAACAAAUUGAAGGUUUCGAAGAAAAAAACGGAGUGCCGCAAAUUUUAUGUUUCCUGAGCUACUUCGGAUCUCGAAAACUCAUCUUUUUCUAUUUUUUUAAUCAUUUCCUUAUAUCAAAGAGCUGAAGGUUACUUUAAAUUUGGACUGGAAGCUUCAGGCAGAAAGGAAAGGAUUUCAAAAGUCAGUGUUUUUAAAAUUUUUCACAUCAAAGAACUCCUAUUUAGAAUAAAAACACUUCCAUCAAUUUUUAAAAGUAUUACUUUUAUGUAUUUCAGAUGUGAUCUUAAGGUAAAUUUAUUUGAGGAAGUUUUUCAUUUUUUCUUUUUCAAAUUGAUUCGUUAGUCUGAAGAAAAAUUGAGAUCAGAAUUCUGUCCAAAAGUCCACUUCCUGAUGCCAUCAGGAAGUUUCUUUUUCUACCAAUAUAUUUGUGCAGUUAAUGUCCGCACUUGGGACUUUCUACUGAAAUUGAAGCAGACAUAUGACGAAGCCAUAAUAUGUUUGAUGUGGCGCAUAACUUCAGUAUCAAAUUCUGAAGAAGCAAAAAAGAGUGGGUGGACAAGUCCGAAGUCUUGCGCCUCUUUUCUUCGCCUUGGUUCUGCCACAUUUAUCAUGUCGCCAAACUUUCUUGUUUUUUCGCAAAGUUUCUUCCGUUUUUCAUUCUUCCGUUUUUGGAAGGUUGGACGUUGGAAAAAAAAAAAUUAAUUUUUAUAAUAGUUUCAAGAACCUGGUGGUCUUUAAACAAGGACGUUAUUUAAGAAGAUCCAGAAAUGUUGCGUUUUUUUCUACCAGUUCUAUUAUUUUGAAAACUGUACAUCAUCGAUCCGAUUCGAGGUUUUUUCAAUUAAAUAUGAUUUCUUUCGAAACUGUGAUUAAGUUCUCUUUCUAGUCUAGUUGAUUUUCGACAUGCUUACAGAUUCCAGGGGUGGAUACAAUUUUUUGAUGUGAAUGCGCUUUUUGAAGCUUAGGUAUAUUUGAAGUUCAUCAAGAAGAUUUAGACCUUUUUGUUCAGAUUACUAUCUUCUCUCAACUUCUUUUCUUAGGUUCUUUUUGACGGAUGCCGGCAGAACAAAGAAUCCAGAGCCGUUAAAUCCAACGGCGUGUGGAAAGAGUCAUGAUGAGUGCCGUGUUUUGGACAUCUCCUGGGACCGCCGGUCACCCAUUUAUCUCCUCAUUUCUAUUCGCAUUCUUCGCUUUUUUCUUCUUUUUUCUUGUCUUUCAACUUUUUUUUCUACGUUCUUUUGAAGCCAAAACCGUAAGUGGUUUGAGAUUAUUAAAGACUUCUCCGUUUCAAACAGAUUCAAAAAAUUUUGCACAGAGCAAAAAUGAUGGGCGCCGGACGCACCGGAUUUCGCUACAAAAAGCACACUCCAAUAAACAACAACAAGGUAUUUCAAACAAAAGUUAAAAUUAAAAUAUUAGAAUUAGUUAGGAAAAUUCCCUAAAUGAGGUCGUCGUAAAAUUAGAUUCUACUUUCCUACUGUGUACUUUAAUGAGAUAAUGAUCCUUGUAGUCUUGAAUGUUCAGCGGGAGUCUCGAGUCAGAAAAUAAAUGGAGAAAAUUCUCUCGAUCUUCUUUUUUUUUCCAACGAUACCUAAGAUAAAAGACGACACAAGUUGGCCUCUGCCUUCCAAAAAUGGCAUCGAAGCCGUUUUUGAAAAAUGUGCUCUAAUGUCGUUUCUUGUUGGGCCCACGUAUUUCUCAGGGGAAUAGCCACCGCUUAACACGUGAGGUUGCGCCACGGUUUUUUUUUCCAGCAAAGCUCAAUUUUUUGCUUUUUCGAAAAUGGAGUAAAGGCAACAGAUGGUAAAUUAAUCUAUGAAUUAAAAAACAUUCGGUGAGUCUUUAAUCUAGUCGGUGUGAGAAAAAAAAAGCUCCAAUGGUAAUCAUGAUAACCUAUUUCAGAUAUGAAUAGAAAAGAUUUCUUCAAGAUCGUGAUUUUCAAUCUUAAAAAUGUAAAUUAAAACCAUCUCAUAAAAGUAUAUCAAGUAUCCAAUUAUCAAUUUGCUCUAAAGAACGAAGUCUCUGAUUUUCUGGCCAUAGCCUUCAUUAAUGUUUUGUGACGACCCUAAUUGGUUUGGAAGUCCAAUUUGUAAAACUUUUUCAUCAAUUUUUUUUCUCGAUGUAUAGUUAAGAACACGUUCAGAAAUCGAAAAAAACAAACUCGCCGUCGUCUUCGCAAACUCUUUCUUCGAAAUCAGUCACCCGAUUGGCGGUUCCGGAAACGAUGAGAAGAAGAAGCGGCAGCGUUCCAGUUAUCAAGCUCAACACAUUGGUUUGAGAAACAGGACCAUCACCAACAGAAAUCAAUUGCAGGCUUCUGAAUGGUCUCUCAAAUAUGAACACGUUAGAGCACUGAAAAUGACUUGGGCGAGGUUAUGUGAACCACCACGAUUCAACUGCAAAGGUAUCGUUGGACUCGUCGAACGCGUCUGGGAGAAGCUCGACCACGUCAGUUCCGAACUUUCCACAAUCUGAGAUUCGUCGGACCCAUUUCAGAAGGACAAAGAUGUGAGGACGAUAUUCUACAACGCGGCGUUCGUCGACUCGAUGCACGAACGUUGUGAGAGGAGGUUCGAAGACGAACAGGUCACACCGCAAUGUUGUGUGUAUAGGCGAUCAGGCUCGAUAGCCACCCUCCGCGACCACACUCACUUCUUCGUCUCCCUCGUGUCUCAGGUGGGACUUCGUUGAAACCAAGGCUCCAGACGUCAAAGUUCCAGGUUGUAAUGAGUCUCGACAUCGAUCCCACUAGGAUUCUGGAGCACUUGGACAUGCUAGGUUGCCUCAAUACUGAUUUGUGAAAGUAUUUCUGGAGUUUAGGCCGCAACCACGCUUACCUUCGAAAAUACGGUUUUAAAGCAACUCAUUGGGAAAAAGUUGGAGAAUAUUUCGUCGACAUCGUAGUAAUACAGGUGAGGGUAGCUUUUUUCUGAUGUUUUCCUUUUUUGUCAUUUAGUAGAAUCUAUUUGAAAAUAAACUGUAUCCUUUAUUUCAUUUUCACCCGAUUUUCGCGGUUUAUGAAGGCUCUUUCUUUGGGUUUUUUUUCCCAAGGUACUAUAGAUUUUAUAUUUUCUCUUUCACUUUUCCGCCAUCAUUCCAGUGAAUAAACUACAAUAGUACGCUACAAAUUUUCAGGACUGUGUACGUGGAUUCCCAGAAGCGUGUCGGGCCUGGACAAUGCUGAUAGCGGCGAUGGUCGACCGGCUGAGAGCAGCCCCACGUCGCGGAAGUUUCGCUGACACCAACGGAUUCGCCAACUCGAGGUGAUCAGUCAGGCUCCUUUUUACGCUCUAAUUCUGGUUUUAGAAGAGGUAGCGCCUGUUCACUUGUCAACCACGGUAGCAGCGACGGCUCUCUCGCCACCGCGUCCCCUUCCAGCAGCCAGACAAAGUUUGUUUUUGCUUUGUGGUUUUUAUUUGUAUUUCUUUAUAUUCAAUUUGAGUCGAAACAUAAAUUUCCAAACUUAAACUUUUGUUCGUAAAAAGUCCGAGACUUAGACUCACGAAAAUGAAACAAAAAUUUCAUUUUGCGUGCUAGAUAUUACACGUCUUUUGUCUCCAUGCAGAAAUGUUUCCAGAAUUUCGUCGGAAUUAUUUUGAAAUCUAUCGAGAGUUAAAUAUAUUGUCACAAAAAUAUUUAGAAAAUCGAUGAAAUUGGAGAAAAGAAAUCUAAAACAACAAUUAGAACUAAAAAACUCAAAAAGUAUUUCUUUGCAACCAUUUGCAGAAUGCCUGGCGGCUGUAAAGAGUUUGUGGAGAAAGAGAAAGGGAUCGAAUCGCGACGCAACUCGUUGAUCUUGCCGGCCACCACCAUCGACAUGUCGCAUCUGAAGUCGGUCCUUCCCGACAACGACGUCGCCGCCUGA